CGCCAACAAACAUCAAAGAGGAAGAAGAAGAACUAUUAACAAAUGGUAGUACCAAAGAUCCAAACCGUCUCUGGUAGUACUCACAGGAUGGCUGAAGAGGAACAUCACAGCGGCUUUUAUAGAAAAAUGCCGAACUAACGUUCAUGCUUGGGAAAUAAGCCUCCUGGAGGAGGGAGGAAGUGUGUGUGUGUGUGUAUAAUCCUGGGCAGCGACGCACAAGUGAUGGGUCCGAGGAGGAAGGCCACUAAACUCCAGCCUGCUGUAGUGGGCAGCGGUGGAGUGGAGCUGGUCCUGAGACCUAGUGAGCCCAAAGACUACAUCAAUGAGUUGUCCCAUGAAGUCCUCUGUCAUAUAUUCAGGUACCUUCCCAUGAAGGACAUCAUGUGUAUGGAGUGUCUGUCCAGAAAGCUUCGAGAAGCUGUAACUCUGUACCUGCGGGUGGUCAAAGUAGUGGACCUAUGUGCUGGUCGCUGGUGGGAGUACAUGCCUUCAGGCUUUACAGACAGCAGCUUUCUGCUCCUUCUGAAGAAGAUGCCAGAUCUGGAGCAGCUAUAUGGCCUCCACCCUCGAUACCUGGAGAGGAGACGAGUCCGAGGCUAUGAGGCUUUCAGUAUACCUGGAGUCCUGGAGGCACUACAAGUCUGUCCCAAUCUGCUGGGUGUGGAGACUUCCCAUCUGGAGCUGGUGGAAGCCAUAUGGAACUACAUGCCCCAGGUUCAUAUACUGGGAAAGUUCCGCAACCGUAAUGGGGCUUUUCCCAUUCCUGCUGAAAACAAACUGACCAUCCCCAUUACUGCAAAGAUCCAGACUCUACAUCUAGUGGGUGUCAAUGUCCCAGAGAUCCCGUGUGUGUCCAUGCUGCGCCACCUUUACCUGAAGUGGGUCCGUCUCACCAAACCCCAGCCGUUUAAGGACUUUCUGUGUGUAAGCCUGAGAACCUUUGUCAUGCGGAACUGUGCAGGGCCAACCAACUCCCUCAAAUAUGUUCCCCUGGUUACUGGUUUAGCAUCAGCCCGGAACCUGGAGCAGCUGGAGUUGGUGAGAGUUCCCUUCCUGGGAGGGCUGAUCCAACAUGUGGUGGAGGACAGCUGGAGAUCAGGAGGAUUUCGGAACCUCCACACCAUUGUGUUUGGAGCCUGUAAGAACGCUCUGGAAGUGGACUUGGGCUACCUCAUCAUCACUGCGGCUCGCAGGCUUCACGAGCUGCGUAUCCAGCCUUCAUUGACCAAAGAUGGAGUCUUCUCAGCUCUCAAAAUGGCUGAACUAGAGUUUCCUCAGUUUGAGACCCUUCAUCUAGGAUACGUGGAUGAGUUUCUGCUGCAAUGUAAGAUGAGUCAUCCAGAACUGGUGAAAUACGGUCUGGCUGAUGUCAUUGAAAACCCAGGCAUCAUCACUGACAUUGGCAUAAAGGUGGUGAACGAGGUGUUCACUAAUAUUAAAUACCUGCUCAUCUACAACUGUCCUCACCUGCAUAACCCUCACCACUGGAUCACAGAUCAGUCCAGAUGGAGUCGCCUUGUUGAUCUCACUCUGGUUCGCUGUCAUGCUAUCAAACUGGAAUCCUUCUCCCAGUUCAUAGAGUUACUCCCCAGUCUGGAGUUUAUCUGUCUGGACCAGAUGUUUAGAGAACCACCCAAGGGCUGUGCCAGGGUGGGCCUGAGUGCAGGGACUGGUAUUGGUGUGUCCUCAGCACUGGUCAGCAACCAGAACUCCAACAAUGACAACGACAACAACAACAACCACCACCACCACAAUAAUGAGGCCAACCUGCCUCCUGCUCCUCCACCUGUCAACAACAUCAACAACAACAACAUCAACAACCAAAGACAGCCGCCGCCGCAACAGCAGCACAAUGCACCAGUGGAGGUAAAUGGGAUUGAGGAUGAAGAGGAGGAAGACGAGGAGGAGGUAAUGCUGGAGGAGGAGAACGUGGAGGCUGAGCCUCAAAUGGAUCUGAAAGGAGCAGAAGGGGAGGUGAGCGCUGAACAAGCUGACGUGGCUCCAGGGCCCAGUCGUCCAGCUGGAACACCACAACCUCCUGAUGAGGAGCAAGCAGGUCCCAGUGGUUUAGUCCAGCAGUGCAGACCAGCUGGUGCCACGGUUCCAAAGCCCCCACUGGUCAUCUCCGACUCGGACAGUGAGGAAGAGGAAGGCCUUGUUUCAAGGCUGAUGCCAGCUUCCUGUUUGCAGCCACCAGCUUCCUGUACAGAAGGUAAAGGUAAGACUCCUCUGAGGCGGAGCAACAAUGUGGCUGUGUCAGUGGCAGUCUCGGGAGAUCAGACAAAGCCUCAGGUGUUAGAAAGCAGCUGUGAGAAGAGCUGUCAGGUGACCAGCGAACAGAUCAAGGCAGACAUGAAGGCUGCUGCUGACAACAGCAGGAGGACUAGCGGUAAAGGAAUUGCUACUGAAGCUGUGGAGACUACUGCAAGACCUAGGGCUGACAGUGGGACAGUACGGGGCACUGGGAGUGCUGGGGCAACAGCAAGGACUGGAGUUAGGCCGGUGACUGGAUCUGUGGGCAGGGUAGGACCUGGAGCAGCCACACCCAGGCAGGUGGGUGGAUGUGGGAGGACAGUGGUGGGGACCAGCCACAGAGCAACCGCAACCACUGACAGAGCGACAGGAACUGGUAGGACUAAUGACAGCACAGAGGUCCCCUCUGGAGCACAGACAGGGGACAGUUGCACAAGGGAGACUGGGCUGAGGCACAGCUCUGGUCCUGCCUGUGUGGACAGUCUGGAGCCCAGAGGUGCUGCUGUAAACCAUGCUUCCAGGAGGCCAACACUGCUGACUGGACAGGGAGAGAGACAACCUGCCGGUUCAGGCUCCCAGCAGGCCCAGGCCAGCGAUGAGGACUUUAUCCCUAGACGUCCUUUGACCCGAUCGUGUACUCGUAUGUCAUCUGAUUCCUUGGUAUCGGAGACAGAUCUUUCAAGUGCCAGGCCUCGAGUAGCAGUGAGGAGGAAACGAAUGGCUGACAAAUCAACCAGCACCUCUGACCCGGUCACGGAGGACGACCACGUACAGAUUUUGUCUCUGAAGAGUAAGAACCUGGUGGGCAUCACUCUGACCAACUGUGGAAUCACUGACCUGGUCCUCAAAGACUGCCCCAAGAUGAUGUUCAUUCAUGCUACCAGAUGUCGAGUGUUGAAGCAGCUGCGAGUAGAAAGUGCCCCCAUAGUGAACCGGUUUGAUUACGCUCAGUGUAAGAAGCUGGACAUGGAACAGGUCCUGGAUCAGAUACUGAGAAUGCCUCCUGAGAGGAACCGCAUCAUCUAUAUGCGCCCUAUGCACCAGAUUGACUCCGUAGCAUUGGAGCGUCAGCUCUUCCAGGGGCCCUAUCCCUAUCACAUUGCUAUAGUGCAUGAGUUCAGCAACCCCCCAAAUAUACGCAACAAGGUUCGCAUUCGCAGCUGGAUGGACACCAUAGCCAACAUCAGCCAAGAGUUGAUCAAGUAUGAGUUCUUCCCUGAGGCCACCCGGACAGAAGAGGAUGUGAAGAAGUAUCCCAAAUACCCCUGGGGCCGGGACAUCUAUACACUGGAGGGAGUGGUGGAUGGCGCUCCCUACAGCAUGGUAACAGACUUCCCCUGGCUGAGGACUCUGAGAGCAGCUGAUCCCAACAGCUACGCCCGCUAUGACUUUGAGGACGAUGAAAGCACCACCAUCUACGCACCCAGGCGUAAAGGCCAGCUGUCAGCUGACAUCUGCAUGGAGACCAUCGGGGAAGAGAUCUCCGAGCGCCGACAGAGCAAAAGAGGAGUGUUUCAGAGAGUGGUGGUCCUUUUCCUCCAUCACUGUGAUACACCAGGAGAACCUGUGGAUGAUGACUACAUCUAGACACCCCAAAACACUCCUCUGCCCAUCACAUCAAGAGCAAUCUCAACACCUGACAGUCCUGCAGCACUGCCUGAGUUCCUUACUGAAAACACUCCUUUUUUUUUUUUUAUGGUUUUAUUUGGAAAAGUGACGUAGAGAUGUAUAGUCUGUUUGGAUGAGGUUACCAAUAUAACCUAAAACAUUUACGAGCACCCUAGAACUGUAAAUUCUCAAAUAAAAGCAGAGUAAAAGAAAACAAAUCUUGCGACGGUGGACAUAACUCAAUCUCUGCUCAAAUGGUAAAUUCAGCAUGACUUAGAUUUUCAUUUAACGACUGAAAACAUUUGCUUUCAACAUGAGGUAGUUAGAAACAAAGGCCCGUCUCUAAUAUAGUCCUGUUCCAAAUAAGGUCCAUUUUUGGCAUCCUCUGGUGUUUUCAGCUGCUUGUCUUGUCUAUCAUGCAGAAAAGGAUUAUGCUGUUGGUCUGAUCUUUCACCUGUCCACUGCUACAGUCUGCCUACCUCUGUACCACACAUGACCAAUCAGACAGACAGAAAUUGCCUUAGACAGAAAUGUCAAAGAAAAUAUGCUUUUUUUUUAAUUAAUUUUUUUAAGGUUUUUUUUUUUUAUUUAUUUUUUUACCUUCAACAUGCCGAACAGUGGGUGGUUUUGAAAGGUGGCCGGUAUUUGUCAUGGGUUUGCAUUUUACUUCAGCAAGCACUAAAUGGGGGGGGGGGGGAGACAAAGAUGUUCAGUCCACAUGAGCUGAAAAAAAACUUCCCUAAAAUAGAUUUUUGCAAAAAAGUCCUCUUUGCUUGUUAGGCCCAUUUGGAUAAAGCUAAACGCCCCACCGCCAAAGAACUAACUCCUGUUUAUUGAAACUGAUGAUUCCGAUGAACUACGUUGUGUAACUCACAUUCUCACUCAACCAGCCUGACCUGGAAGCCAAUUACAACACAAAUAUAACAUGUCCUACAUGGCUUUGUCAUGUUGAGAUACUGUAGCAUUUGACUAAGCAGCAUAAAUGGAGCUAUUGUAACUGCUGCAAAAUACUACAUUGGCUUUGUUGCAGUUGAUCAGUUCUCAGCUUUGGCAAUGACCAAACAAAAUGCUUUGGAUUGGAUAGUUCAGCCCUGGUCAGACAUGCCCAAAAAUAUAAGAAUAAAACCAUCUAAAGCUACGUUUAGCUGCUCUGCUGUCUAUCAUCAUCAUUAUCGUAAGCUGGGAGGUCCCUAUGUGUUAGAGAAAUGUACAACUGAGUUAAUUUGCACAAACCGAUGAAUGUGCCAUAUUGCAUAACCAGGGUGACCGAAGGAUACCACAGUGUUGUUAAAAUGCAACUCAAAGCUGUGAUUUUGGACUUCUGCAAUGUCCAGUCACAGUCAGGAUGUUUCACAUAACGAUGCCACUGAACAUAUCUUCCUAGUUGGCUGUUGGAGCAGAUAAUGUGGCUUUAUUUUGUUCCUGACACACGCUUGUGUUAUGUUGAUUUUUGAUCCAUGGCAAGUUUAAAAAAAGUCGAACAUUAGAUUUGAGUUCUGAAAUAAGUCUGAAUUUUGAAGGGCAGGGGGAGUUUGAAUUAUAAGAAUAUACGCCGAAUUCUUGGACUUUGUGAUUUUUAGACUAUUUUUUAUUUAAUUUUUUUUUCCUAACUUUUGUUCUCACGAGUUCUGAAUGUUUUCUCAUUUUUCUCAUUCUUAUUCCCAUCUCCCUACGGGGAUUAUGAAAGGAUGGGUCCGUGUCAUACACAUUGAUACAGUAUGUAUCACUAGGAUACAGCUGAUGACUGUCUGACAGAAAUUUCUCCAAGGGGAGAAAUCGGAACAAUACAGCAAACCAAGACGUAACAAAUACACUUAAUCUCUUCUGUAGCACGCAAAGUUUGGGAGGAAAAAAAAUGUAGUUGUAGUCUGACUUGAAGAACUGACUGCUCAGCCUCAGCCUGUCUCCUGUAGUACUUCACUGUUUUCUUAAAGUCUUCCCUUUAUCCGAAUCUGUGUGAUGCCCUUCGAGACAGAUAGAGAUGCCAUGUUCUAGUAUUUUUGGAUCUGCCCUUAACCUCUCGUCCGAAAAGAGUUGUAUCAUGAACUGAACCAUCUUACUGUUUUUGUUUUCGUGUUGAGAAUUUAUUUUCAUUGCAAAGGGAUUAACACCCCAAAAGGUGCUGGAUUACUUUUUUCCUCUUCUUGAGGAAUCCGAUUGGUUGGCUUAGACAGGAUUUUGUUGGUCAUGUAUAUGGACAGCUCUGCCCUGUAUGACUGUAUGCAGUGGAUAGAACUGAUUUGUCUAGGUUCAGGAUGUGGGUAUUACUCGCAUAUGGAAAAGGCUUUGGGUUCAGAAAGAUGAGCAACUUCUUUAUGGAUUAACUGUGAAUGUUCACUAUCAAAGGAUCUGAAAAUUCUUUUUGGCAGGUUGAAUGGACUGAACAUGAUGCGAGUCCAGCCUUCUGUUUGUGUAUUGACAACUGUACAGAUGUCAUGGAUGAUGAUAUGCUUCCAUGGUGUUUAUAUGUUUAUAACAAAAGAUUAUUUCACAUAUUGAAAAAUAAAAUUACUAAAAAUAA